ACUUUUCCAUCUUUUUAAAUUAUUUAUGUAGUGAAGUGUCGUUGAAGGUGUGAAAAAAAGAGUGUAGUUGAAGAAAUAAAUCAUUUAUAAUAUAUUUAUUGAAUGUAAAUCUUUGUUUUUGGAGUUUUCUGACAAGUUAUUUUCCCAACUUGUCUUUGCCUCAAGAUGUUUGGCAAAGUGAUUUAACUUGGAAUGAAGUAUACAUUGCAAUGCAGAAUCACAGAUUAAGAAGUCACCAGAUUUCAGUCGAUCUUAUACUUUCGGAAAAUAUUUCAUAGUGAAAACAAUUAGUUAUCGUUAAUGAGUACCAGUGGUUUAUUUUAAAUCCGUAAGUUUUCAACAAUAUGAAUACCAACAGAUUUUCUACUAAGAAAUAUAGCCGGCAUAGUAAGAAUGAAUCAAGGCGUGGUCAAGGAGACCACCCGAGGACUUUGUCACGUCCAAGAGAUCGGAGUUCUCGUUCGCAUAACGGCAGAUCCGUCAGCCCUCCAAAUGGACACCAUAGCAGGAGCCGCAGCAGAGAUCGAAGACCUCAUUCUGUAAAUGAACUCAACACCAGGAAAAGACCCUAUGAAGAUCUUAGACUCCUUCUCGAUGGGCCUCACAACCCGAAAAGACCCAAUAAAGAUCUUGUCGAUGACCCUCACAACCCGAAAAGACCCUAUGAAGAUCUUAGACUCCUUCUCGAUAGGCCUCACAACCCGAAAAGACCCAAUAAAGAUCUUAGACUCAAUGUCGAUGACCCUCACAACCCGAAAAGACCCAAUAAAGAUCUUAGACUCUUUGUCAAUGGCCCUCACAACCCAAAAAAGAUGAGACAAAUGGGGUUCAGAUCGGUUCAGGAUUUGCUGAUGAAGGAAAACCUCGAGGACAUUAUUUUAGUUUUGAGUAACGACAAGAAUGGUUUCAAGGAGGUCCUUGAGAACAGAGAAAUGUCUAAUGAUAUGGUAGUGUUGAUCCUGCGACUUUUGUCAAAGAUAAGCGAAUGUUCUUUUCAGUCAUCUAAGAUUGAGCUUUUAGAAUUUGCCCUGAGGAGCGCUUUUGCUGAUAACGUCAUCAAGUUCGUGUCUACUAUUGCAAUUCAGACGAGUCAAGAAAAAAAUCGCAACACCGAAUUUUGGAAAGAUACCGAUCAAUUCUGGAACAACAUGAUACAGGUUACGCGCAACAUGCAAGACAUCAUCCCAACUUCUUCCUGUGAGGUCACUUUGAAGCUCCUUAAGGCAGCUAAACUGAACAUACCCAAUAUCGAAACUUCCCACACCCUAAAAAUAUCGGACAGCAUCAAAAAAGAAGUUGACCAGUUGUUCGACAUUGCCGAAAAACUGUCAAUGGAAAUCGAGCAGAAAACAAAAGUGUUUACGGUAGGGGCAAAUAUGUUGGAACCUCCGAAUAACUUCAGGGAAAUUAGUGUCUACCCCAGCGCAGUGGAAGUUACCCAACCUAAGGCUCCUUUUCUGAGACCCAAUGUCAUUGAAGGGCCCUAUCGAGACGUGGAACACUAUUUGGACGUUCAGUUUCGUUUAUUAAGAGAGGAUUUUGUUGCCCCAUUGAGAGGGGCAAUAUGUAGGUACUUGAAGAACCCCAAAGCUAAGCUCGACGACGUGAGGAUCUACAAAGGCGUCCAAUUUCUGAACGCCGAGACCGUGACAGAGCAAAAAUGCUUCCGAAUCCAGUAUGACUUCAGCACAAAAAAAAGAAUAUUCCAGUACGAAAAUUCCAGAAGGUUCAUGUUUGGAGCUCUGCUGUGCUUCACCAGCGAUAACUUCAAGACGGUCCUCUUCGCCAAAGUGGCCAAACGCGACGUCAAGGAUUUGUUAGAAAACGGCCAGUUGUUCGUUGGUUUCAGUGAAGAUGUUGACCUGCCUGAGAACAUGUACGACCUGCGGUACAUUAUGGUCGAGAGUACCGUCUACUUUGAACCUUACUAUCAAGUGCUGAACGUACUCAAAACGAUGAAACAAGAAAAUUUUCCGAUGGAACGCUACAUCAUCAGGGUAAAAACCAACAUUCGGCCUCCUCACUAUCUUCUGAGGAAAAGAGACGAGUUGUACAUGAUAGAAGACCAGUCUUUUUGCCCGCUGGAAUGGGGCGAAAGGAAGUUCUACGGUUUUAAUGAGUCCCAAGAUGCAGCUUUCCAAGCAGCUCUCACCAAGGAUUUCUGUGUUAUCCAAGGUCCACCAGGUACGGGCAAAACAUUCCUAGGUCUGAAAAUUGUCCACACGCUGCUGCGCAACAUGCAUAUCUGGUUCAAAAACACCCCGAUUCUCGUUAUCUGUUUCACUAACCACGCCCUAGACCAGUUUCUCGAAGGGAUACUUCCGGUCACCGAGAAUAUACUGAGGGUGGGGGGACAGUCAAAGAACGAAAAGCUGUACAACUACAAUAUUCGGAAAAAGAGAAUCCAUUUGAACUACAAUUCUGUGGUUAGUCAAAAACGACACAGGGUGCAGUCUAGCAUCAACGAGAUAUCGACUAUUACCGAAUAUUUGAGCGAAAUUGAAAAAAAUACCAGUGUGGUCACAUUCGAGGUAUUUCGCGACAUUGUUCCUGGCUACUCCGGCAGUUGGUUUGAUGCCGCAAGUGGAGAUGAUAUCGUCAGGUGGUUGCUUAGUGGAGGAAAGUACAGUUAUCGCAAUGGUAGAAAAAAGCGUCAGAGGAAUAGGAAACAACAGAAAGUGGAUCCAACUCCGCAGACGAAUGAGCCGGCAGUCAUCGAUAAAGAAGAGAAAGAUGUGAAUGGAGACGUUAACGAGAUUGUGGUCGAUCAGAUUUUCGAAAAUAUCAAAGUGGAGCCUUUUCGAAAACUUAUCGAUUUAGAAUCGAUGGUUGACAGACAAAAAAGCAUGCUACGAGAAGUGCAGGUGUUGGAAAACGAACCACAUCUAAAGAAUCGAGACUGCGGAAGGGACAUACUUACUUUCGAAUUGUAUAAAAUCGAAAGUGAAAUAGAAUAUUUGAAGAUGAGACUAGGCGAAAGAGUCAAUAGUAAUUCGCCUCCAGAGUUUGUCGAUUUGGCGAAUCCUCACAACAUGUCGUCUAAAGAUCGCUGGAAGCUCUAUUACCAGUGGCUAGAUAUUUAUGUCGCCAAAUUGAGGGCACGCAAAGAAGAGGUCAACAGGAGUUUUCGGAAAUUGUACUCAGUCUAUUCCGAAAUGCGGGAUAUGGAGGAUGCAAAAAUCAUGAAGAGCAGUCUAGUCGUCGGAAUGACAACUACAGGUGCGGCUCGUCUUCAGUCUUCCUUGCAAUCCCUCAAGAGUCCGAUAGUGAUCGUGGAGGAAGCCGCCGAGGUGCUGGAAGCUCACAUCAUAAGUUCUUUGACGCCUCACUGCAGACAUUUAAUUCUCAUCGGCGAUCAUCAACAGCUGAAGCCAACCACCGCGAACUUCAAAAUUGAAACCAAAUAUGGUCUAGGUAUCAGUUUGUUCGAGAGGAUGAUCAAUAACAAAAUCCAGUGCCACACUUUGACCGUUCAACAUCGAAUGCGCCCGGAAAUAUCUUGUCUUAUCAGACCUGCAAUUUAUCCAGUCUUAGAAGAUCACAUUUCUGUCAGUAAUCGACCUCAGACUCUUGGAGUAGAAAAGUGUCUUUAUUUCUUGGAUCAUCAAGAACAAGAAGACAUUUGCAAGGAUAAUAGCAAGAGGAAUGUGCACGAGUCGAAAUUUUUAAUAAGACUGGCAAGACAUCUAGUACUAAAUGGCUACAAUCCUACGAAAAUUACCAUUUUGGUUGCGUAUUUGGGUCAAAUGUUUGAGAUGCAACGUGAAAAGAGACAGUACUCCAAUUUGCUGCAAGGCAUAAGAAUUGCAGUCUUGGAUAACUACCAGGGAGAAGAAAAUGAUAUUAUACUUUUGUCUUUAGUUCGGAACAACAGCGAGAAUAAAAUUGGAUUCUUAAAAAUUGAAAACAGAGUAUGUGUGGCUUUAUCGCGGGCUAGAAACGGUUUGUACAUCAUGGGAAAUAUGAAUCUUCUUUGUAAUAACAGCAAGAUUUGGCCGAAAAUAAGAGAAGCGCUGGAGAGCCAAAACGCAAUCGGUCAUAAUCUAAUGCUCCGUUGUCAGGUACACUAUGACAAAAUAACUCCUGUUAAAAAAGCAGAUGAUUUCAAUAGUUUUCCGGAAGGAGGUUGUAGUCAAAUAUGUGGAGCGAAAUUGGGAUGCGGUCAUUUCUGCAAAAGAUUAUGCCAUGUUGAAGACAAAGAACACGUCCUUCAUAAAUGCAGGGAAAAAUGUAGCAACGUCUUAUGCGAAGACCCAACUCACAUAUGUCGUGAGCUCUGCUUCAAAGAAUGCGGCCCGUGUAAGUAUCUUGUGAAUCGCAAAUUACAGUGCGGGCAUCUCGUCGAAAUCACCUGCCACUCAGAUCCAACAGUGUACGAAUGUAAAGAGGACGUUUACACGAAGUUACCCUGUGGACACGAAGCCAAAAAACCAUGUCACAUCAACCCGGAAUUGUUUCGGUGUCCAUAUCCUUGCGAUUCCAGAGUGGAACCCUGCGGGCACUCAUGUACCAGGGGUUGUCAUAUCACCGAUGAUCCCGAUCAUUUAAAGUACAAGUGCAUGAAACCGUGCGAUAGAUAUCGCAAAGGGUGCACUAAUCAGACUGACGAGGCUCAUCUUUGUCGAAGAAUGUGCUGUGAAGAAUGUCCAGAAUGUGAAGUGGAAGUCCUGAAGAAGAAAAGAAAAUGCAAUCACUCUUUCAAAAUUGCCUGUAAACAAGACGUCGAUCUGAUUCCGUGUCGUAAACCUUGUCUGAAGAUCUUACCAUGUGGUCACAAAUGCACAAAGAGAUGUGAAGCAUCUUGCGGCAACUGCCGCAAAAUGGUGGAAAAAAUCGUUUCCGACUGUAACCAUACAAUCAAAAUCGAAUGUUCUGUGGAACCCGAGAAGAAAUUUUGUAAAUCAAAAUGUCCGCGCGUGUUGCCAUGCGGCCACGAGUGCCCGAAUAGAUGCGACGAAGACUGUACCACGAACUGCAAAGUAAUGAUCGACUGCUCCAUUCCUAGUCCGUGCGGUCAUAUAGUCAAAAGAAUUGAAUGUUUCCUGAAAGAUUCGGAGGACCAAAAGAUUCGGGUAAACUUCUGCACGGAACCUUGUGGAGUCAAGCUGAAGUGCAACCACAUCUGUCAAGGUACUUGCGGAGAGUGUUCUCAAGGUCGCAUCCAUGUAAAAUGCAAAGAGAAAUGCGGCGUCCCAUUGGUUUGCAACCACGAGUGUCCCAUACCCUGUCGGGAGGCUUGCAAACCAUGUCGAAGACCCUGCGAGUACCGUUGCAAGCACAGCAAGUGUAAGAGGAACUGUGGAGACCCAUGCACGGUCUGCAAAGAGAGCUGCCCAAGAAAGUGUGAGCAUCAGAAAUGCUCAAGAAAAUGCGGAUAUAUGUGCGACGUUCCCCCUUGCAACAAACCAUGCAAGAAAAAAUUGAAAUGCGGCCACAGAUGUAUCGGCUUUUGCGGAGAUCCCUGCCCCAUUCUCUGCAAGGUUUGCGACCGAGAUGAAUUAACACACAUCUUUCUCGGCAACGAAGACGAAGAAGACGCCAUCUACGUCAUGCUGGAGGAUUGCAAACACAUUUUCGAAUCCGACGAUAUAGAAAACUGGUUGAUGAUGGGCGAGGACGAGAUAAAGGCCAAGGUUUGCCCAAGAUGCAAAACUACUAUCAAAACCACAACCAGAUACAGCAAUUACAUCAGGCGUACUCUGGAGGAUAUCACCAUGGUGAAGACUAAGUUUUAUGGUGAUCCAGACGAGAACGAAGGCGUAUCUUAUGAACUGAUUGCCGAAUUGCAGAACCUAUUAGAGAAAGUUUCAUGGAUAAAGAUAGAAAAAAAAGAUUUGAGAGUCGCAAUAAAUCACUUGCUUCUGAGACUGGAAAGGACUAGGAAUAUGCGCUAUCAACCCAUUAACAAAAUGGAUCUGCAAGCCAUCAAAGCCAAAUGGCAGAUUUUUAAAGCCGUUGUCAAAAUUUUUUAUGAUCUACAGCUAGAGUUCAAAGAAACUGUUUUUCACUCAUGCGAAGAACAACUUUCAUUCAUUGUGGGCGCUGUGAUGAGAGAUGAGGAUUCGAUCACUGGCCAAGAGAUAGAAGACAUCACGCUGGAGAUCAAUCGACUAAAGAGAAGGUCUCAGUUUGAACAGAUCAAGACGUCAUCCACCUUCAGUACUUACGUUACCAAAGAUGACGUCCAGCAGCAGGUUACAAAGAUCUCGGAUCUGCUGAACUCCCUCCUCAGAUACAGUUCUGACUUGGACGACACCCUGCAAUCCGAACUGGAAAAGUUGAAGGAACUGACAGCCUCGCCGAUACAGAUAUCUGAAGCUGAGCGCAUCGCCAUCGUGAAAGCCAUAGGCCUGAGCCCCGGCCACUGGUACAAGUGCCCCAACGGGCAUCCUUACCUCAUCACCGAAUGCGGAGGCGCCAUGCAGGUGUCCAAAUGUAACGACUGCGGCGUUGACAUUGGCGGAAGGAACCAUCGAUUGCUACCGGGGCAAGAGGUCGCUACCGAAAUGGAUGGGGCUCUUCACGGUGCUUGGUCUGAGGCGGCGAAUAUGGAGAAUUACGCGUUGUGAGAUUUUACAGUUUGUUUUUAGUGGUUUAUUUUAUUGAUGUUAUGCUCUCUGGCAAAAAUUGCUGUUUCCACACACCAGAAUACUUUGAAGGGGCAGGUUUCGCUUUGCAAGCGACAUCAUCAGAGGGUGGAUAAAAAGCUCCUUUAUAUUUAGGUAGAGAAACGCCAAAAACUUGCAAGGGCUAAUUAGUUGUCAUUUUUAUCCGACAUAACAAAUGUACAAAGAAAAAGAAAAGUGGUAAACAAAAAAAAAAAAAGAAUAAUAUAGUAGUAGCAAAAUAAUAGUGAAAAAAAAUCUAAAAAAUAUCUUUUCUUAUAAACCAUUUCAUUUGUUUGAGCGAAUUAGUUAAAUUUUCUUUUGUUCUUUUCCAUAUUUGUCUUUUUUCUAGUAUAAACAGUGUCUUGGGGCAAUAAAUUACUAUUAUUAUUAUUAUUAUACUUUUGACUACUGCAUACAAUUUUGAAUUGUCGCACAUACUCAUGAUACAAGUGGAGCUACUAUCGCAAUAUACCCACAUUAUGGACAGAUGAAGUAUCUUUAGAUGUUCUUGUUUGAAUCCUAGCGAACCCUUUCAUAUGCACUACUAAGAACUAACUGAUCUAACAUAACUAAAACAGAAUAGCAUAUGUUUUUUGAAAUGCCUGCAGAGUUGUAAAAUACUUGUGAGAAAAAGUCUUCUAUGUCUAUGUCAAACAUCACACUCCACAUAUUCCGAUGGCAAAACCAGAAAAGUAUGGUGUUGAGAAAAACUCUUCAUAGUUUAAGAAAUGUGGUGUAUUUUUAUUAUUAUUUUUUUUAAUCAUUGAGGUCAUUACUGCUCUGGACUCGAUGCCGGAGAUAUCUAAAUAUAUCGCGAAAAGUUGGGAGGGUUCCAACUUUGUAUGGUCUGCAAUUCACACCUAUUAUGUUUUUGACCACUUCACAAUGUAGAAUUUACAUUUAUUUUCAGUCUAUUGAAAUUCAACUAAUGUUUGUUGAUGGUAAUAUUCGUUUUAUAGUCAUCAUUAUGAUUCCCCAAUUUCAUUUCGUGGAAUGAAGAAUAAUCUUUUAAGAGAAAUAGAAUGAAAAGCUAGAUUAAACAUGUUUGUUUUAACUAUAUACUGUUGAUGACUUGCAUAGCAAAACCAACCAAAAAAAGGUGGUUUGGUGUUUUUUUUUCAGCAAUAUUGUUCUUUUAAUUUAGAUAUUUAAAAAAAAUUGUUGAAUGGUUUAAAUUUUAUAGUAAGCGUUAAGUUUUUUUAUUAAUCUAGUUUUUCUGAAUAAAUAAAUACUUCUAAUACUCAAAACGUAGUUCAAUCUGUUUGAUUAUUUUUGAUUCUCUUCUAUACAUCGAAUAUUAUACAAGAAGUAGAAGAGAACCUGUUAUUCUUAACAACCAGAAAUGACGUUAUUAAAACCAUAGAUUUAUAAUAUUUAGCCAAUAGUGAUAGUACAGAAAAUACAACUGUUUUCUUUGUUUAAACAAAUAAGUAUCAAAGCCUUUUAGUUUUCAAAAGCAUCUUUUUUUUCUGAAAAAAGAGCAUUUAAUCAGUUUACUGACAAUGAAUAUGAAAUCCAUAUUUGUU